UUUUAGGAAUCUCUUGUUUAAAUAGUUUGGCCUGAACGUUGUCCGUUCGUAGUUUUUACAUACUUCACAAACAUUAUUCAACUUUUGUGUUUUUAAUGUCAGUCCGUAGAUGAGAUUUUAUCAUAAGAUUUUCAUAAUAUGAAACCAUACAGGUGUUUGGUUUCACAGGCGAUAUACUAUGAACAUGUUGAAUCAAAAAUCAUUAAGAGUUCAGUCCAGUAUAUACAUUGUGUUUUAGAAUUUCAGUUCUUUUUCGGCAGUUGCUACAUUAAGUUGUCCACUAUUUAAUUUUUUCUCGCACCAUGCCGAAAUUGUGCAAGGCCAUGUUUAAUACUCAACAGAAACCAGGUGAAAAUAAUGGCAACAUUGACGAUGAUUUGACUUUAACAUCGAGCGUGAAAUUACUGCAACAACAAAGGGAACCUCAAGAACAUAGAGCCACCACCAUCACUACCAACAGCUCAUCUGUAGAGAAAUCCCACACCAACUCAUUGUCUUUGAAGAAUCAACAGUUUCCUGGCAACAGUAAAGUCAAAUUUCAGCACCGGGAUGUUGUGCAUGUUAAGCCCUGCGAAAAACGACUAGCACCAAAUGAGACAAUUCUUAAUCAGAGACAAGCCAAACGACAAGAGUUGCCGCUUUUAAACCAUGCUGUUGUUGCUGACGAUGGUGACAACAGCCCCACCAACAUCGGUAACAUCCAUCACCACAACAUAACAACGGCAAGGCGCAUACGACGACCUCCUUUAUGGAUGGGCCACCAUGAGAAGACUAAAACCAACGAAAACGUCAACAAUUACCGUGACGCUAAAACAAAAAUGCCAUUUCUUCAUAAUGAUGCCGUUGAGGAGGAUGUCCUUGCAGCAGCUGAUGACAAACAAAGCGACUCUGGCUGUCGAACCGGCUUAUUGGCAAAGGCACAUUCGUUUAUUAUCGAAUUUCUGCAGAACUCUUCAAUUCAUGGUUUUGGCUAUUUGGCGAAAAUGGGAUUAAAUUUCUUAGAAAGGACAUUGUGGUUUGCCUUCAUCUGUGUGGCAAUAUUUAGCAUUAUAUCGCUUAGCCGUCGCACCUGGCAACGUUUCCAAACAUCACCAAUGGUUAUCUCAAUGGAUCGUAAUAAAUUGGUUUGGAACACCAGCUUUCCAUCACUGACUGUGUGCCCCCACAAACGCAUCGAUGAGCUUAAAGUCGAGGAGUAUAUAAUAUCCAAUCCCGAUAUAUUUGUCAGUGAAGAAGACAAGGAGGGCUUCAAGGUUUUUAUUGAUAAAUUAGCACAUCUAUCCUAUGAAAAUAUUGAUCAACUGCCGCUGAACAAUUCGUAUGGCAUUGAGAGCGAUCAAUAUCUCGACUUGCUCUAUGAACUGAAAUGGCAUUUCGAACCGGAGAUAAGCAGCGGUGCGGCAGUGAAAAUGUUCAUCUAUGAAACACAAACGGAAUUUGGUACUUGUCAUUCGGUGAAUAGUUUGGUGGCCCGUUAUAAUUCCUAUGAAUAUUGGAAGAGUAAACAAUGGAAUCUUUUACAUCAUGGUGCGAGAGUGACAGUCCAUCCAUUGGAUGGAGAAAUCUAUGCACAAAUUAUUAAUCUCUCAACGGCUUACGAUGUGUUCUUUCAUAGCUCUGGCGAUAUACCGAGCAUAACAAAACAGCGUUACACAUUUCCAGAGACCGAUUAUACCACAGUGGAAUUGAUUGCACUGGAGAUUUAUACAGCAGAAGCGGGUAAAGCAUUCUCCACCAAACAACGAAAAUGCCGUUUCAUCUAUGAGGCCGAGAAUAUGCUGACCGUUCCCGUUUAUAGCUUCGGCAUGUGCAUGGCCGAGUGCCGCAUGUUUUUGGCCUUGAAAGUAUGUAACUGUGUGCCACAUUUCUAUCGGAAUCGCUUAAGAAAUGGCCGAGUUCUACCCAUUUGUGGUCUGCAGGGUCUGGCCUGUGUGGCUAGUUUGAAAAAUGAAAUGAUAUCCCUAAAAUCGAUUAAGCAUAAAAUCAAUUGCGAUUGCCUGGCUAAUUGUGAUGACUCCAACUUCUUUGUCCAAUCUUAUCGUUCCCGUGUUUGGUUCCUGGGAGCCAAUCUCCAGUGGGGUAUUAUAGAUUAUCCCAAAAUGCAAUUGCGCCGUGAUGUCCUCUUUUCCUUUGCCGAUGUAUUGGUUUAUAUUGGCGGUCUAGUGGGCUUCUUUUUGGGUUGCAGCGCUCUGAGUUUUACUGAAGUGAUUUUCUAUUUUACCAUAAGAUUGGCAAGGAAACUAUUUUCUUAAAUUUAUUGCUUUCAAUUGCUUUGUAUUGAAAUAAAUAUAUGUGUGUCACUGUUGUGAUUGUUGUUGUA